CUUACCAAUUUAUCUAUCAUUUUUAAGAUUUCCACCGACCAAAUAUGUUUUCAAUUAAAUCUGAUAUAUGAUAAUAUGCUGUUGAUUUGUAUAGAUCCAGAUUAAAUAUUUAAAUAUUAUUUAAAUACUUUCAAAAAAUAAAUAAAAUAAUUAAAUAUUCAAUUCUUUCAUAUUUAAUUAUUGAAAUUCUAUAAAUAUUUAUUAUUUUAUUAAUUUAGCUAGGAAUAGAAGAAGAAAUGAAAACUACAUAUUAUAAUGAUAACUAAUUUGAAAUGGAUGGGGGCAAUCAGCUAAAAGUAAUUUAGCUAAUUAUUUUCCUUUUUGUUUGGAAAACUGAAUCAAGAAAUUCUUAUGUUAUUUAAAAUAUUUUAAAUUAUUAUAUGUAAGUAUAACAUAUUUUGCUAAGCAUGCUAAAUAUUGGGUACAUUAACUGUAACAUUUAAACGUAACAUUUUUAACAAAUUGUUUUAAAACUAUGUAAAUCAUAGGAGAAAUUAGAACUAUUUUGAUAUAUGAUUUUCUUAUUGUGAAAUCAAAUAGUUCCUCCCUGGAUCUGGAUCAGGUCGCUGCUCUGGUAUAAGUUGUGGAGGAUAACGCAAGUUUGACCCGUGUGAAAGAAGAAGAUAAUGGCUUCAGAAUCUCACUCUCAGAUUUUAGUGGAAGAGAAACCUAGUGUUAGAAUCUUGACACUAAACAGACCAAAACAGCUGAAUGCUCUGUCUUUGAACAUGGUCACUCGGUUGCUGCAACUGUUCCUCGCAUAUGAGGACGACCCUACUGUCAAACUUGUCAUCCUAAAGGGUCAGGGAAGGGCUUUUUGUGCCGGUGGUGAUGUUUCAGCUGUUGUUCGUGACAUCGGACUUGGCAAAUGGAGACGCAGUGCUGAUUUCAUGUCACUUGAAUAUACUCUCAACUAUGUUAUGGCCACAUAUAGUAAAGCUCAGAUUUCAAUUUUGAAUGGUAUUGUCAUGGGAGGUGGAGCUGGUGUCUGCAUCCAUGGUAGAUUUCGUAUUGCAACAGAAAACACGGUUUUUGCCAUGCCUGAGACAGCUCUAGGGCUAUUUCCAGACGUAGGCGCCUCCUACUUCUUGUCAAGGCUCCCUGGAUUUUUUGGAGAGUAUGUUGGCCUCACAGGAGCUAGGUUAGAUGGCGCUGAAAUGCUUGCUUGUGGCCUUGCAACUCAUUUUGUGCCUUCAACGAGGUUGACUGCUUUACAAGAAGAUCUUUGCAGAGUUGGUUCAAGUGAUCCAGUUACCUUUGCCUCAACAACUUUCGAUGCAUACACUCAACAUCCACAUCCGGAACCUCAGAGUGCUUUCUAUAGGCUAGAUGUUAUUGAUAGGUGCUUCUCGAGAAGAACAAUCGAAGAAAUUAUAUCUGCACUUGAGACAGAGACCACUCAUAAACAAGAUGAUUGGAUCUCAGCUACCAUUGGAGCAUUGAAGAAAGCUUCUCCAGCAAGCCUUAAAAUCUCUCUUAGAUCGGUUUGUUUCCAAGCUGCAUCACAAGAAUGCAAUGAUGGGAAAGAUAAGUUGACUGUGAUUGUGUUGUAUAAAUUUCAGAUAAGAGAAGGACGAUUGCAAGGGGUGGGGCAGUGUCUUAUCCGGGAGAACAGAAUAGUGUCUCAUGUGAUGAAGGGGGAAAUAAGCAAAGAUUUAUUGGAGGGGUGUAGAGCAAUAUUGAUAGACAAAGAUAGGAAUCCAAAGUGGGAGCCAAAGCGACUGGAGGAUAUGAAGGAUAGCAUGGUAGAGCAGUACUUCAAGAGAGUGGAAGAAGAGGAUGGAUGGGAGGAUCUAAAGCUUCCUCCAAGGAAACACUUGCCUGCUUCAGCGAUCGCAAAGCUGUGAAGUUGACAAGGUGCAUGGAGCUCAUCUUGCAUUGCGUGGACUAAACCCAUAAACCAACAUAGAGAAUCAACUCGACUUGUGUCAUGAACAAUUAUGUACUUGCAGAUAGAAAUACCUAAAAGAAUGUGAUCUGUGAUGUACCUGCGAAUAGAGAUAACUAAAACAAGUAAAAUCCACAAACCAAUCAUCUAAACCUAUCGAUUUCCUAAA